UCCACUUUCAAUUUGUUCUUCAAUUUGAUCCAAAAUUUUAGGAUUUGUUUCGAUCGUAUCAUAAUUGAUUGCUCCCUUUGAUAAUUUCUCGUUAUAUGAUCCUCGGGGAAGCAUUCGAAGUUCCAAUUCAGCAUAGAGAUUUAGGGUUCGUAAAAUGCCAUGGCUGCUAACGUGCUCGAAGCUGACGCUCUUCACCAUAGCUGGAGUUGCGAUUCAAAUGGUUGGCCUCUCCAUCUUCGUCUUCGGCUUCUUCCCUGUCAAACCAACCCUACCUGGACACAGUGGUCCGGAGAGUUUUCAAGCACCCAAGUGCAAUUCGAUUCAAAACGAGACCGAGAGAGACCUGCAUCCUCAUCACCUCGGGUCACUGUAUAAGGAACUAUCUGGAAUGCCCCCUGCAUUUGACCGGCUAAUACUAAUGGUGAUUGAUGGUCUUCCAGCAGAACUUGUGCUUGGCAAGGAUGGUAAGCCUCCAAGCAAGGCAUUAAUGGAAGCUAUGCCAUAUACUCAAUCACUGCUUGCUAAUGGAAUGGCAAUUGGGUAUCAUGCAAAGGCUGCACCUCCAACUGUUACAAUGCCUCGUUUGAAGGCUAUGGUUUCUGGAGCAAUAGGGGGAUUCCUGGAUGUGGCUUUGAAUUUUAACACACAAGCUAUGUUAGAUGACAAUCUUCUCGACCAGUUUUUCAAGAUUGGUUGGAAAAUGGUGAUGCUUGGUGAUGAAACAUGGCUUAAGUUGUUUCCAGGAUUAUUUAUUAGGCAUGAUGGAGUCAGCAGUUUCUUCGUUAAAGAUACUGUACAAGUGGAUCAAAAUGUUUCUCGACAUCUGGGUCAUGAGCUUAACAAAGAUGACUGGGAUUUUCUGAUUCUACAUUAUCUGGGCUUAGAUCAUGUGGGACAUAUUGGUGGGCGCAACAGUGCCUUGAUGGCUCCAAAACUUUCAGAGAUGGAUGACGUGGUUAAGAUGAUUCAUAUGAAUAGUAUACUAAAUCAAAAAAAUGAUCAAGGACGGACACUCUUGGUCGUAGUAAGUGACCAUGGCAUGACUGAGAGUGGUAAUCAUGGAGGGUCCUCAUAUGAAGAAACUGACUCCUUAGCCCUUUUUAUUGGCCUGAACAAUGACAUCUCUGAUUAUUCGUCGUCCACCCAUAACAUCAUUUAUCAGGUCGACAUUGCACCAACAUUAGCUCUUCUAUUUGGCGUUCCAAUUCCAAAAAACAAUGUUGGUGUCCUAAUUGCAGAAAUUUUUGGGUAUUUGGCUGAUGACCAACAACUGAAGGCACUGGAGUUAAAUUCCUGGCAAUUGCUUAGAUUAUUGCAAGCACAAAUGCCUGGUUUAUCAUGUCGAAAUUACCUAUGUGAUGGCUUCAGUGAUGAUCAAGAGUCCAAGAUAACCAAAUGCUCUGGGAGCAUGGGAAAGAUGUUUUGUUGCCUAUAUACGAAUGCUGCACUUCUCCAAAAUUCCUGGAUGUCAAAGGAAUUCUCCAGGUCUAAAAGUAAGGAAGACUACAACAGCGCUGUUACAGCAUACUAUGAGUUUCUGAGAACUGCAAGUGAGUGGUUAUCACGCAGCGCAACUGAUAAACCUGUCAGCCUACUUACUCUCGGAAUUGCUGCUAUGCUCAUGUCUUGUCUGAUAUUAUUAAGCCUUCUAUUUAAUAUGUGCAAAGAAGUCUACAUCAGAGAGAAGUACCUCUUUGACUUAGAGAGCGCCACGCAGACCUGGUAUUUAGAUGAGACUUUUGUAUUAGGCGUUAUAUUGAUCCUCAUUGUAAGUAUGGUAUCAAGUUCUAUGGUAGAGGAAGAGCAAUACAUUUGGCAUUUUGUGGCUUCCACAUUGAAUUUGUUAUUAUUGCGUAAAGCAAUACAAUGUCCUCCAUGUGGAGGAGCUCAAGGUCUCCAUACUUUAUCCAAGGAACAAAACAAAAUAAGUUGUUUUCGAUUGAGUUCCAUCUUUGUGGUUCUUGUUUCUGGAAGGAUAUUGAGAGGCUGGCACCAGGGAGGUGUGAAUUGGACAAAUCUUCCUGACAUUUCUAAGUGGCUUGAGCAGGCUGGGACUGAUAAUAUAAAAUCAAUUCAGCUCGUCUCAUGCCUUCUACUGAUGACCUUAAGCUUAUAUGUUCUUUUGCUACUUGGGUCCAACAAAAAGUUUGUUCUGGUGAUUGGAUUUAGCUUUCUUAUGUCUGGAUUGUUGGUUUUGCAACACGUCACUAAGCAUCAGGAUGGUAUGUUUGUGUCAUCCAGUUACAGCACGACUACAUUGGUACAAAUAAUUUAUGCAACUCUGGGUGCUUCCACAUUUGGAACUGUUGUAGCCUUACCGUGGCUUGUAUCUUUUUCAAUAUCUGAGAUGUGCUCGAAUCAGGAUUUGUACAUGUCAACUUCUGCUCCCAAUGAAGUUCAAAAUAAGUCGCUUAUGGCAAAAUUAAGAGAUUCUCUAUAUAUAAUUGGGUGGACAUACAUCUCCUGCUGGUGUAUUCUGCAACUGUUGCUUCAACAAACAAUUAACUCAAUGCCUAUACUAUUGCUACUUGUGCAAAUUUUCGCCAGCAUGUUGUAUUUUUCUUACAGUGCUCUGCAUCAUAAGCCGUGGGUUGAGGUUGCUGCAUUUUACUUUUUGGGAAUGGCUGGCCAUUUUGCUCUGGGGAACAGCAAUUCUCUAGCUACUAUUGAUGUUGCCGGAGCUUUUAUUGGCAUCUCAAGUCACUCGACGGUACUUUCUGGCAUCUUAAUGUUCAUGAUCACCUACGCCUCCCCAAUGUUAUUUAUCCUUAGCAUGGUGAUGUAUAUCUCUGUGAAGGAGACAAGCUAUCUCCCAUCUCCCUUCAGUGCAGAUUCCACACAACUCCUCAAAAUAAUGCUUGGCUUUCCUUGUCUGGUUCCACUGGGGUUGAACUCCAUUUUGUUGACAGCGUACACCAUCAUAUUGCUGUUAAUGAGGAACCAUCUCUUUGUUUGGAGCGUCUUUUCUCCCAAGUACAUUUAUGUUUGUACUACAACAGUAUGCGUCUACGUUGGGGUAUCUGUAGUAGCUACAACUGUGACAUAUACAUACUUGGUGCUGGGGUUUAGAAGAAAGAUGCAAGGUGAGCUUAGCCAUCAGCAGUGAUUUAAGAUAGAGCUUGGCAUAAGGAGUAAGGCUAUUUUCAUUGGUGGUAAACCAACGCACACAGAUCAUUCUUUUCUGUAGAAGAGUUUGUACUUUUUCCUCUUCGGCCAGAAAAUAUUUUUUUUGUAGAAAUAUAGUAGGAAAUGAAGCAGCAGAAAGACAUGCUGACGAAAGUGUUGCUUCUUGCGGAAUUUUAGUGCUGCAGUGACAAAUUUAGUACACUUUCUUUUUGUAGCUUUGCCCUCUGUCUUGGGAGAUGGAGUACAGGAACUAAAUUCUUGCAGAUUUGUUGGGAAAAUAAACAGGAAAGAAAGCUUGGGAAGAGCCCUAGAUUGUUGAUCUAUGUUGUGGCGUGUAUGAUCAUCUAGUUGCCUCG